AACAGAGAGUGUCCAGUUUUGGGUUUUUCAUUUUUAUCUGUUCUUCAAUUUUAAACGAAGAUGGCAGGUAGUGUCAUAAGGAGGAUGAAAUUGGGAUCGCAAGGCCUGGAAGUGUCAGCCCAAGGACUUGGCUGCAUGGGCAUGUCGUCUGCCUAUGGCUCUCCAAAGCCUGAUGAGGAGAUGAUAGCUCUUAUCCAUCAUUCCAUUAACAGUGGUAUCACCUUCCUUGACACCUCUGAUGUUUAUGGUCCUUACACCAAUGAAAUCCUCCUUGGAAAGGCUGUGAAGGGAAAGAGAGAGAAGGUGGAAUUGGCCUCUAAGUUUGGUAACAUAAUUUUGGAUGGGAAGUGGGAAAUCAGAGGAGAUCCAGCAUACGUGAAAGCAGCCUGUGAGGCAAGCUUGAAGAGACUUGAGGUUGAUUGCAUUGAUCUCUAUUAUCAGCACCGGAUUGAUACCCAAGUUCCCAUUGAAGUCACGAUGGCUGAGCUCAAAAAACUAGUGGAAGAAGGAAAGAUUAAGUACAUUGGACUAUCUGAAGCUUCUGCUUCCACAAUUAGGAGAGCUCAUGCUGUCCACCCUAUAACAGCAGUGCAAUUGGAGUGGUCCUUAUGGUCAAGAGAUGCAGAGGAAGAUGUAAUUCCUACCUGUAGGGAACUUGGAAUAGGUAUUGUGGCAUAUAGCCCCCUCGGAAGAGGCUUCCUCUCUUCUGGUCCCAAACUUCUAGAAACUCUACUUGAGGACGAUAGACGAAAGAUUCAUCCAAGGUUCCAACCUGAGAAUGUUGAACAUAACAAACUUAUAUUCAAACGAAUAAAUGAAAUUUCUACAAGGAAGGGAUGCACUCCUGCUCAGCUUGCAUUGGCAUGGGUUCACCACCAAGGAAGCGAUGUCUGUCCCAUACCGGGCACCACCAAGAUUGAAAACUUCAACCAGAACAUCGGCGCUUUGUCCGUGAAAUUAAUGCCUGAAGAAAUGGCUGAACUUGAAUCCUUGGCUUCGGGUGUUAAAGGUGAAAGACAUCCAUCUGCAGCAAGAACUUGGAAGAACUCGGACACCCCUGAUCCAUCGACUUGGAAUGGUCAAUAAUUUUGCUAUGCUAUGAUGAACUCACUUAAGCUUUUCUUCUGAUUUCAGAAGAAAAUUGUUCCCAUGAAGCUCACAAAGCUCUUAAAAUGUAAUGUCACCUUUUUGAAGUCUUGAGUUUCAGUGUGUAAUGAAAUAAGGUUGAUGGCUUUUUCAGUUAUAUGAUAAUUAAAGCAUCUCCAUGGUCUCGAGUUAGUCCUUAA